GGACGGUUCGCUCGGUCGCUCGCUCGCUGAGGUUACGGUUACGCUGCGGUCACUUCGCCGGUUCCAGUUGCAAACCGCACUGAAGGAUGUUGGCGUCCAGGGCUUUGCUGGCGAAGCAGGCUGCUGCGGUCCUCUCCCGGCAGCCCGCGUGCCUGGCGCACCAGACCGGAGACUGGGGCAACUGGGGCAACACGAACGUCGCCGUGGUCUUCUCUGGGUGUGGCUGGUGGGAUGGAACCGAUGUCCAUGAGGCCACAUAUACCAUGUACCACCUGAGCCGCAAUGGUGCCCGCUUUCAGAUCUUUGCCCCAAACCAGCAACAAAUGCACGUCAUGGACCACUCCAAGGCGCAGCCCUCAUCUGGAGAGACCAGGAACAUGAUGGUCGAAUCGGCUCGCUUCAGCCACGGUCAAGGCAUGAUGCAGCUGCACGAUCUCUCCAGGCUGGACGUCAACAACUUUGAUGCUGUCAUCUUUCCUGGGGGGCAUGGAGUGGCGAAAAACCUGUCUACCUUCAACAAGGAUGGCAAAGACUGUAAGCUCCACAACGAUGUGGAGAGGAUCCUGAAGGAUUUCCAUCGCUCCCGCAAGCCCAUCGGCCUGUCCAGCAUGUCUCCUCUGCUGGCAUGCCGUGUUCUCCCCAGCCUGGAGGUCACCAUGGGCUACGAGCGGGAUGAAAACAGCCGCUGGGGCCGCUGGCCAAACACCAGCAUGGUACAGGCUGUCAAGAACAUGGGUGCACGCCACAACGUCCGUGAGGCUUACGAAGCCUGCGUGGAUGAGAAGAACAAGGUGGUGAGCACUCCCACUUUCAUGUGGGAGACAGACUACCACUACCACUACAUCUUCGACGGCAUCGGCAACAUGGUGAAGCACGUGAUGCGCAUGACGGCCAAGUAAGACAUGGCAGCAGAGCAUGGGCCGGCAAGUUGGAGAGAUGCUCCCUUACUAGUUCCUUUUUGCAUGCAGGAGGGCCGACCAUGAUGCAUAUACAGGCAACCUAAAUAAAGCAAGCACAAGAAAGGAAAUGCUUCACUCUGUGUAUCAUUUUGCCUUUUCUGAGGAUAUGUGGAUUUUUUUACUACCUAGAAUAGGAGACGU